UUUCGACCAUAUGCAUAUUCCUAACAUUAAGAAACUAUUCAUCCGAAAAGAUCGUCGAAUAGUCUUCACUAUUUAAUAAAAUAACUCUCUGUUAAUUUUUCGAUAAAUGUGAUCAGAAAUCUUUUCUGUCUUUUAAAUAUCGGCAACUUUCUUCAUUCAAAUAUUAUCACUAAAUUCAAAUUAUUUUAUAAUUUAAAAAUAAAUUUUAUUGUUACAAAAGUUUUAUAAAUUUACUCACGAUGAUGAUAUCAAUGAGGAAUAUUAUUUUGAGUGUAUGGUUCGCAAGUGUUUCUUGUUAUGAAUUCGAAAACUUAAAUUUAUCAGUAACAGAUACUCCAAUCACACACAUAAAUGUGGCUCAACUUUUUCAACUCUGUUAUGCAAAUACAUCAAAUCCAAUAGCCAUCACUGAAAACUUGGCAAAGACAUUGCACAAAAAUUUGGCCGAUACAAUAAAGGCACCUGUCAUUAUCAUCAACGAUAACUUCAUUUCAAAAGACAUUCAAUUGUACUAUCCAACCUAUCCAAUGUAUAUUUUAUCAGUGACGAGUCAAAUGGAACUGGAUGCUCUUUUGAGCAAGCUGAUCAGUUCACCCUUUUGGAGUAUUCAAUCAGCGUUCUUUGUGAUCUUCGAAACUGUAAAAUCAUGUGAAGAGGAUUCAUUUCAAGUUUUGGGACUACUAUGGAAGCUUGAACUAUUAUCAUGUGUCGUGGUGUGCUCCACUACCGGUACUGGAACCAGUCUCUAUACUUACAAUCCUUACACGAAACGAGCUCCCUAUCCUUGGAUUGAAAUUAAGAUGAAUUGGUUUGACCACCAUCGUCGACCAGUGACCUUCUACAAACAAUCUUUCACUAACGAUCAUAACAUAUGUGCGAAUCUCACUUUUGAUAAAACUACACUUCUUGAUGGUUAUCCUGUUACAAUGGCGGAGAUGAGUUCCGAAAAUGGAUUAAGUUCUUACUUGAUUCAAACAGCUACUUCUUUGAACAUGACUCCGCAAAUGACUGACUUCGGAGAUGAUCCUAUUUUACUCGCUACAUCAAUAAUAAAUGGUAAACAAGAUAUUAGUACAGAAUUGUAUGCUGAUUAUGUAAUUCAAUUUGGAGACGUAGUGCCCGUGACUUUUGAAAUAUCUUAUGUCAUAGUAACACAAAAGCGAAGCUUCCAACCAGUAUCUUAUGAAAUUGAAAGUGCGUUCGAUAUUAAUGGGGCUAUAGGGAUAAUAAUUAUUCUUCUUCUUAUUACCGUCCUAAUUAUAUUGCACAAUGGGUAUCAAGUGAGAUUGGCUAUUCUGGAUGUCUUGAAGCUGAUGAUGAGUAUGGGGAUAGAUACACCUCUUGAUCGACUUGCCAUGAAACUAACCUUCUUUACUGCUUUUUUGUUCGUUUUUAUAUUUGGUCCAGCGCUUGAGGGACAAAUAUUCGCCUCACUUGCUCGUCCGCCAUCUCAGAACGUGGAGUCUCUUAAGGACUUGUAUGAUCAAAAGUACCAUGUAUAUUAUAUUCAAGCGAUCCAUAAUAGUGUAUUAGGAGAGGAAUUAUGGAAAACUGAAGAGGAAAUGAAAUAUCUACAUCCCCGUCCAGCCCCUUUUCCCUUAAAAGGAUGUUUGCAACUAAUGAUGCGGGAUCCGGAAGUUGCGUGUAUUGAUGAAAAUGAGUCCAUCUUAACUUGGACUAUGAAAUUUCAUUUUUACGUGUCCAAAAGAUUUGUAUUUAAAAAGGAUUUUUUCCAUCAUCAUCGCUUAAAUUGGGCCCUGGGCAAACGAUUUUAUCAGAGAUUAUUAAAAUUUCAAGAAUUAGGUCUCACGAAACUUGACAAGUUCCUGUACGCACGGAUGGCAUCAAACAAAAUGAAAAUUACAAAAAGAAUAGAAAAAAUGUUAGAUCAUGACAUAAUUGACACUGAAGAUUUGACAAAUUUAUAUAUAUUUAUGGCAUUUUUUCAACUUUUGGCAGUCAUCAUAUUUGGUGUUGAACAUAUUUUCGCAUAUUAUCGCCGUCGAAGACGAUAGAAAUAAAAAUUCGAUAACAUUGACCAAAUUUGCCUAUUAACAAAAACAGAUGCGCUUGACUCAAUGAAUUUGAUUGUGUAGAUUUCUUCCAUUCAACCAAUUUUUAUGUUUUUUUAUUUAAAUUAAGUUAUUUAUUAACAGUCGACUGUUAUAUUUUGUGAGUAUUACAGCAAAAUGUCCUAUUAGAUGUGAUUUUUAUAAUAAUAAUUA